AUGGAUAGAAAAUCUGCUAGAAUAAAAGCAGAGUUGCAAAGAUAUGGUUGGAGAGUUUCGAAGAAGUUUAAAUAUAGGAAGGGAAGACCCAUAAAAGUCUAUGACAAAUUGUCUGGUCUUCGCUACGAAAUGGAUUUGGAAACAGCACGUGCAAAUUAUCCAAACAGACUAGAGAGGUUAGAAGAAGAACGUCUUAUGGACAUGCCUUUCGAUGUUAGUGAACCUCAAGUUGAAGGACACGACGGCUUUGCCAGAUUCUACUGGAAACAUGACGAACAAUUGCAUCCUUUGAGAAGGAAAAAAGGAAAAGGUGAAGACGCACAUGCUCCCAUGGAAAGAACAAGAUAUGCAUAUGAAAAGUAUCGUGAAGUUAGAAGUCAAAUUACAUCUGGUCGAACCUUUACAGUAAACUUUGACGAAGGAAAGAACAAAGAAGGCUUCAUGGGUGUACUUGCUGCCAUACAAGACGGAAAUAAGAAAGGACACAAUCUCAGAUUGACCAUAACAGAUUUGGAUGGUCACAUUUACUAUGCACAUGGCAAUGUCACAACAGCCGCACAACUUCUUGACGCUUUCAAGACUACAAAGAGAGAACAAAUGGUUGACUCCGACUCAGACAUUUUGAAUGCAAUUGAAGGAAUUGCAAGUGUCAAGUUCGAAUGGUACCAACCUAACCCUCAAGCAGUCAGACAACAUGCUGGAUACUUCCCGUUCAGAAAUAAGUCUGACAUUGACUUGA